UGUGUGUUUGCCACGACUUUAUAUCGUCCCUGGAAUGGUCUCAUCGCACAAGGCAGUAGUAGUAGGUCGUUUCAAAUCAGAGUUGACUUGCGUCUUAAGGACGCCAGACGUACAGAGCAAUAGCACUAGUAGCUGUACUCCUACAUACUGGCGCACACAUAUAUAGAGUAGCUGAUCUCCAUGCCGGUUACACCACCCAACGAAGAGUAGCCAGUAGACCCACAGCGCAGGCACGAGUCCACGACAGUUGGUGAUGUAUCACUGGAGCACAUCGUCUUCUCCUUGUUAUAGCAACAGCGGCAGCGGCAGCGGCAGCAAUGGUCCCUUGCUCCCCUCCAUGGCGUCCAGCAGCUACGGUGAUCUGCUGCUCCUACAAGAGCAGCAGCAGCAGCAUCACUACUACUCCCAGUCGAUGCAGCGUGUGAUGAGCGCCGGAGACCUCCAAGCUCUUGCGGUGCCGCCGGGGACGGGGCCGGCUCCGGUGGGGCGGUACAGCGCGGAGGAGCGGCGGGAGCGCAUCGAGAAGUACCGCACCAAGCGCAACCAACGCAACUUCCAGAAGAAGAUCACGUACGCUUGCCGGAAGACGCUGGCGGACAGCCGGCCGAGGGUGAAGGGCCGCUUCGCGCGCAACGUCGACGACGACGCAGCAGCAGAUCAGCCGGAGGAUCCGACGACGACCAUGACGACGGCGGCUGUGUCUCUGGUCAACGACGCCAGCAGCAGCAUGCCGCCGGAGUGGUGGCCGGCAAUGCAGGGCGCGCUGGCCGUGGAGGACGACGAGCUCAUCGCCUCCUACCUCGCCGUCUCCUCCAUCAACCUCUACUAGUAGCUAGCUAGCUCCUUAAUUACUCCUCGCAUAUUAGUUACGUACUAUACUUACUGCUUAAUUUAUCGCCUACCUUCUCUGUCAACAAAGCUGGCUAUAUGUACUGGAACCGCCACUACUAUUCUUCACGUGUUUAUGUUAA